UGUUAAAAGUUAAAACACAAUAAGAAGAAAAAAAUUUGAAAAUUAGAAAAACAUUUCAGAUUCAAUUUCCAAAUUUCACGAAUCACGUUCUCUCCAAAGAUGAACCCUAAUUUCGUUUUUCCCCAAUUUCUUCUUCCCCCAAUUUCUUGAUGAAACCAUUUAGCUAGCAAUUCAACUCAACGUUUUGGUGCUACAAUUGCAAUUCAACUCAACGUUUCGGUGCUACAAUCGCAAUUCAUCUCAGCAUCGCAAAUUCAAAUCAGCAUCGCAACUCAACGUUUCGUAUUCUCGUAAUCGUUGUCUCAUCUGCUGGAUAUUCUCUCUUUAGCUUUUCAAGAUUUCUUUUCGGCGACUGUCGAUCUAUUUUUCGCGUUUUCUACUUCAAAGGUGGAAUCAAGGUUUUCGGUUGUGGCUUCAGGUAUAAAUCAUCAAGUUUUAUCAAGAGAGCUUCAACAUACAUCAUUGGUAUGGCUUCUUACUCGAUAUCAUUGGUAUUUCCCGUGUUAUAUGUUGUGUUCACAACUAAAUUGUUUUGUUGUUUUAGAUUAUAUCACUUUAUUUGCCUUGUAUAGUGUUAGAUAAUUGUUAAUAGGUUGGGUUUAAGAGUUGUUCAUAUGGUGAGCUUAUAGUCAAACUUUAUUCAGAUGAGUUUCUGCUCUCAUUGUUUUGGAUUCGGAAAUAGAUUCAAUAAAAUUAAUUUAGUCACACAUAUUCUUGACUAUUUGUUAUUGUCCUUGAAUCUGAAAUGAUUGGGCCGAAAAACAAAUUCAAACUAUGUUAAACUUGAGAUAGGUGUCUUUUGUCUUCUCAAACAAUUCUGUCUUUAAUAGUAGUUCAACAUUGUAUAAAAUAAACCAAUUGCCACAUCUGACUGUUAUUGUUGCUUUGCACUGAAUGCUGACUUGCAUGAAUAAAAUUUAUAGAAGUUAUUUAGCAUUUAACCAAUUAGUCAGACCUUGUUAGUUGAGAGGCAGACCUUGUGAGCUGUUAGAAUAGUUAAUUGGUUAGGCUACAUGGAUGUUCAAUAACAACAAGUAUUUAGUGUAGCAAAGUAGCUGUUAGAAAUUAAGAGUGUUCCUUGAUAAAUAAUUGCAUAUGCCUGCUUCAUGUCCUACUAGUGUGCCAUGUGAUGCAACCAUGAUGUAUAUCUUCAAAGUAACUUGUGACAUUCAAAUAUGCAAAUAGUUAGAGCCAUUAUAAUUCGUUUAUGUCUUAAUUUGUAUCGUGAUAUUAUAUUCAACUUUUCUAUAUAUCAGUAAAACAAAUAUUAAAGUGAACUACAUUUAUCACUUUAUGAAGACAUACAUCAUGGUUGCAUCACAUGGCAUACUAGUAGGAUAAGCAACUUUUCUAUAAGGAUUAGAUAAGCAACUUGAUCACUGGCUUGGGACAGUGAGCUACAUUUGAUGCUGCUGUUUUAAGAAACAACCGCUACAGGGCCCAGGUGCUAGACAUUAGCUUGAACUCGCACCUGCACUACUUAGUGACUGAUUUGCUUCUGUUAUAGUAACUGAUUUGUUAAGUAAUUAAUAGUUUAGCAUAGAAUGUUUGUGCAUUUGUGAAAUAUUGGAAACUGUUAUAGUGACUGAUGAUGCUGACUUUGCUGACUUUGUUUUCUAUUCUUAGUUUUUUUAAAGUGUAUUCUUCCAUUGCCUUUAGAUGGUUUUGUUUUUUUGGCUACUUAACUUUUAUCCAAAUGCUGAGGCAAUAAAGUACAUACAAAGGCUUCUGAAUUACAAGGAAAUAUGUCUAUCGAAGACGAUGAACCCGUAAUUCAAAUUGAGGAUUCAGUUGACAGUUCAGUCCCUAGUUCGAAAAGAGCAAAAACUUCUACGGCUUGGGAAUGUUUUGAAAAGUUUGUUGAUGAUGAAGGACUCCCAAAGGCCAAAUGCAAAAAUUGUAAUAAAAUUUACAUGGCUAGAGAUGGUGGUGGCACUUCAAAUUUGAAAAAACAUGCGGCGAUUUGUGUUGGAAGAGGAAAUGGAUCAUCUUAUCCGCCACUGAAUCAAGAAAUGCAUAGGGAAAGAAUUUCUGAGGUAAUUGUUAAACACAAUUAUCCUUUUAGUUUUGUUGAACAUGAAGGGAUAGUUAACUUACUUAGUUUUUUGCACCCUGAUGUUAAGUCCAUGACUAGAAAUACUGCAAAGUCUGAUGUUCUUAAGGUGUUUAGAAAAGAAAAAGAAAACUUAAAAUCCUAUUUGCAGUCAAUUCCAGGAAAAAUUUGUUUAACAUCUGAUCUAUGGUCUGCAAUAAAUACUGAUGAAUAUAUGGUUCUGACGGCACAUUUUGUUAAUAGGAAUUGGGAAUUAGAGAAAAAAGUUUUGUCCUUCCUUCAUUGUCCACCACCUCAUAGCGGUUUUAAUUUGGCUGAGAAGUUAAUAAGUUUGUUAAAGGAGUGGGGUAUAGAGAAAAAAGUAUUCACGAUUACUUUAGAUAAUGCAUCUAACAAUGAUGUUAUGGUGAAUAUAUUAAAAAAAACAUUUAUCAUCAGGAUUAGGAUUGAUAGCCGAGGGAGCAUAUUUUCAUGUUAGAUGUGGAGCACACAUUUUGAACUUAAUAGUUCAUGAUGGUUUAAAGGUUAUAGAUGAAUCUUUAGAAAAGAUUAGGUUGUGUGUGAAAUAUGUAAGGGGCUCAGAAGCUCGAAAGAUAAAGUUUGCAUCUUGUUUAAAGCAACUUUCAAAUGUGACUUCUAAGCAAGUUCGUCAAGACUUACCUACUAGGUGGAAUUCCACUUAUCUGAUGCUUGAGACUGCUAUAGGUCAACGAGAAUCCUAUACGCUCCUAAGUGAUAUUGAUCCCUAUUUUGAUUGUUGCUUAUCAAACGAGGAGUGGGAUGAAGUAAAUUGUGUGAACCGUCAAGAGAUGAGUCUGAUUUGGAAGCUUAUUUGAAUGAAAAAAAAAUUGAUCAUGAGCAAUAUGCUGAUUUGGAUGUUUUGCAAUAUUGGAAAGCAAAUGAGGGUAAAUAUCCCAAACUUGCUAUAUUGGCACGUGACCUUUUGAGCAUUCCAAUCACUACAGUUGCAUCAGAAUCAGCAUUUAGUAUAGGUGGACGUAUACUUGAUAAGUAUCGAAGCGCUCUUAAAUCUGAUAAUGUUGAAGCAUUGUUGUGCACACGUGAUUGGCUUUGUGAAAUUCCAGCUGCAUUUGAUAUUGAUGGACCCGAUUUUGUUGAGGACCUUUCAACAUUCUUUUCCACAACAUGAGGUUACUGGAAGUUGCCAUCUAUCUUGGGAGAGCAUUAUACAAAUAUGGUUCUUUAACUUGAAGAUGAGCAAUGGUGAGAAUGGCAUGCAAAGAAGAGGUCGAAAGGUGAAGAAAUUGAGUGGCUCAAAUCAGUUGGAAUUCUCUUGUAGCUUAAGGACUUUGAUUUUAUACAACUCGAAUUCAAUUUGUUUCAACUUGGGAUUUGUAGCUAGUAGUCUAGCUUAAAGGAUUUUGAUGUCUAUUAAGCUAUAUUUGGUAUAACAAAAUCAUAUUCUGUUCAGCCAUAUUUGGUAAAAAUCCUGCUAUUAAUAAUAGGAUCAGAUUUCAUUCAAUAUUGUAAUUGUACUGCUGUAUAUAGAAUUAGAAAUUACAAUAUUAUAGGCAUGAUUCUAGGAGCUAAUGAAUGCCUCAUCUUGUAUAUAAUGUGACCUAUUUUGAUAAAUAAAAACCGCGAAUCAAUUUCUACAUGGUAUCAGAGCCAUGGAAGGAGAAAAAGAUCCAAAAUCUUCUGUAACAGGAGAUGAUCAAUCUCAGAAGAAAAAGCCAUCGCCCUACGAUCUCACUUCCAACGACAACCCUGGAAGUGUGAUUACGCAAGUGCAGCUGCGGGGUGAAAAUUAUGAUGAAUGGGCUAGAGCUGUGAAAACAUCCUUAAGAGCAAGGAGAAAAUGGGGGUUCAUUGAUGGAACCAUAAAAGAACCUGAAGAAGAAUCCUCUAUGAUGGAGGAUUGGUGGACUGUUCAGGCCAUGUUGGUGUCAUGGAUCUUGAAUAUGGUAGAACCUAGUCUGCGAACUACCAUGUCUUAUUUUGAAACCUCUAAGGAGCUUUGGGACGACAUAAAGGAGAGAUUUUCUGUCGUGAAUGGUCCGCGCGUUCAACAACUCAAAUCAGAAUUGGCUAAAUGCAAACAAGGAGGUUUGUCCAUGGUGGCCUACUAUGGAAAGUUGAAGGCUCUGUGGGAUGACUUAGUAAACCAUGAACAGGCACUGGCCUGCACAUGUAAGGGGUGCACGUGUGGCAUUCAAAUAAAACUUGAAAAACGCAGAGAAGAGGAACGAUGUCACGUGUUUUUAAUGGGAUUAGAUGAUGGGCUGUAUGGAACUGUGCGUUCCAAUUUGCUAGCCACCGACCCCAUGCCAUCUUUGAAUAAGAUGUAUUCUAUUAUGGUGCAAGAAGAACGAAUGCGAUCUAUCACGCGAGGAAAAGAAGAAAGGACAGAAGUUAUGGCCUUGGCAGUUCAAGCAAGUGCAAAGAUGAAAGGGCGCGAGAUCAAGAACAAAUUUGUGUGUACGCACUGCAACAGAUCGGGUCAUGAUGAAGCAAGCUGCUUCCAGCUAAUCGGAUACCCAGAAUGGUGGGGGGAACGUCCCAGAAAUGAUGAAAAAGUAGUAGGGCGAGGAAGAGGCCAGAAUCGCGCUUGAGGUACUGCAUCUAACAGUGGACGUGCUCAAAGAGGACCGGUGCGUGCGCAUGCUGUUGUCGCUACCGCGAAAAUUAACAGAGUCGCCACUAACAUAUUUAUCCUGAAAAGGAAGGGAAUGCCAGCAAACCACAAAACAAAACAACGGUCUCACGACCAGAGAAAAAGGGUAAGGGAGUCGGUUACGCGAGGGGAAGGUAUUAGCACCCCUCGUGCCCAUCGUACUCGAUGGUAUCCACGCUAGUGUCUAAAUCUAUGGGUGUGUAACAAAUCUACGCUAAUAUGGACUAAAAUGAAUGUAAAAUGUAGGGAAAAGAAAAGAUUGUGCUCGCACGGGCCCUACCCCGCUGCCUACGUAUCCGUUUUGCGGAAUCAGAGGUAUCGUAGCUCGGCUAACUAAUUUUUGUUUGUUUUGUGUUUUUUAGGUGAACGAGUUACAUUCACACUCCGCUGCUCGACCUUUGGAGACUUAUGCUUGGGAAUGGAGCGGAAAUAACAAGCUCUUAAGAAAUGAAAAUUAAAGAGUGUGGUUUGUGUUUUAAAGAAUGCAUGAGGAAUGCCUAAGCUAAGGGGGAAAGCUUGCUACCUAAUGUUAUCAUACAAAGGGUACAAAUCUAAACUAAGCUAACAACCUACGAGAAAAAAGGGGAAGCACACAAUAAUAUCACACAAACGAGCUCCGCUCGUAAAGCAAACAAACCAACGGUACUGACCGAAUGGUAGAGAAGUGGUCCCGCCAUAGCCAAGGGGAGCAGCUCAACCCAAGUCAACCAAGCAUUAGACCUCGCGAAAAUGAUCGGGCCAUAGACAAGAGGGCGGUCCCCUCUCAGCAACCAAGCCGUCACGGAUCGUAAAGGAAAACGGUGCGCGCGUACACCGAGCAUCAACGUCGAGCAACGCGAGCUAUAAGAAAGGCGGGGGGUCCGGCUGCAUGAACCCUUUUCCUGACAUACUCGAUAACAAGAUCUUGUGCAGGUUCAAAAGCAAGCGACGCGAAGCGUGCGCGUAAUGAACAGACUCGAUGAGACUAGGCGGGGGUUGAUUGCUAACCCUUUCCGCGUGCCUUCCAUGAGGACUUAACGGGGUGCCAUAUAGGACUUAUUACACCGUGACUCCCUGCCGCAAAGCACAAAUAUAAACACACCAACAAAAACAGAGCCUCUUUCGAGGGCUUAGCCAGAUGCAUGUCUAGGUCCUACUUCUCAUGUUAAAGGAUGAUGCGAGAAAGCGAUAAAGUGCAAUAGAAAUAAAAUGAAAUGGGAUCAAUACCAAACAGAUGAUGAUCCGUAAACUAAAGCGAAGCAAAGGGAAGAAACUAAGGAUCCCGCGAGCGAGCUAGCAAAGCAAAAGCAAAUAGUCAGCACACCGAUUGGCCAUGAAAGCACACAAAGGUCGACACGCGCGUCGAACACAAUCACAAUACACCUGUAAUAGGAACAAGCAAAUUAAACAAGCAGAUAUAGAGUAAUAGAGAUGUGUCUCCAGGAUGAGAACACAAAGCAAGCGAAUGAAAUCGUGUCCCGCAGC